AUGACAUUGUUUCAAGCCUUGCACUGCAACUUAUCGAUGAACGAGUUGCAAGAGCAUCUCUUGAUUCUCGACCCUCAGUCGAGCGGAGUGAUCAAGAUCCCAGAGCUGAUGCCUUUCAUUGCCAAGAGAUUGCAAACCCGUGAGACUACAGAUCAGCUUAUUGAUGCCUUCAGGGUCUUCGAUAAGGAGAAUCGAGGUGGAAGGAGGGUGGUGGUGGGAGAGGAAUGCGGAUUGAUAUCAGGAGAAGAGUUGCGGCACGUUCUCACUCGCUUCGGGGAGCCGAUGGAUGAGUCGGAAGCCAAUGAUUACAUCGCAGAGGCAGAAGCCAAGUGUCCUGACGUCAGAGCGAAUGGCGAGAAAACUGGGAUGAUCAACUACCUGGCGUUUAUUGGUGUUAUGCUUGACUUAAGUGAGGAGGAGAUCGCAAGUGCUGGCUUACAAUGA